AUGUCUCGCUCUUCAUUUGAACUUCUUCCUCGCCACUCUAUAGAUGAUAGCUCAGAUGAGCUUGAAGAUCGCGUCACCCUUCUCCCAAAACCCCCAGAUCAUAUCCAUCCCAUGACCUCCAACCGACUCCUGAGGAUAAGGCGCUUGGCAAAAUAUUACGCCCGGCAGGGACAUUCAGUAAUAUCCUUUAUUGAAAAGCCAUUCAAAACCACUUGCAACUGCCAGAAGAGAUCCUUCCGAUGCGUCUUUAGAGUCAUCUUAUUGCUAGUAGGAACAUUUAUUUUACUGUCAGCACUAGAAGCAUUAUUAUAUCCUUCGUACCAGACUCCACCCGAGCACUAUCAAGAGCUGCGGCGAAAAAUCGAUGCUUCAAAGGAUUCCGGUAGAGGAAAUCCAAAUAAUGAGAAGAUUUUCAUUGCGGCCAACAUUAUCAACGCGAGCUUGAUCCGAGGACCAUGGGGCCGCUCAGUGUUAGAAUUGAUUGAUAUACUUGGAGAAGAAAACGUAUUUAUAAGCAUAUAUGAGAAUGACAGUGGCAAUGGGACGCGGGAUGCCCUCCGUCACUUUCAAGAAAAACUGCCAUGUAACUUUUCUGUAGCCACAGGUGGCCAUAUCCCUUUAUCAGAACUUCCCGCCAUAACAACACCAUCAGGGGAAAAUCGAACGAAGCGAAUAGCAUACCUUGCCGAAGUACGAAAUCGCGCUCUUAGACCCUUGAACCUCAAAUACACCCCCCAUCCGCAUGAGGUGGGCUUUCACCAUGCAACCAUGAAGUUUGACCGCAUUUUGUUUCUUAAUGAUAUAUAUUUCUCCCCAACUGAUGCUGCUCAAUUGCUCUUCUCAACAAAUCAAAACAAAUAUAGAGCUGCCUGCGCUAUUGAUUUCACUUCCAAUGUAAUGUUUUAUGACUCUUUCGUGGUCCGUGAUACCAAUGGUUAUGGUAUGGGCCUGAUGUUCUUCCCAUGGUUUCCACCAACAGGCAGUGCACAGAGUCGAAAUGCUGUUCUUGCUGAGAGUGAUGCUGUGCCGGUUCGCAGCUGCUGGGGUGGCAUGGUAUCUUUUGAUGCUGUGCAAUUCCAAAACAUGUCAACAAAGUAUUCUCCCAGUAUAAAAUCCCGCUUUCGUCACGAGCCCGAGCCUUUCUGGGAAGGAGCCGAGUGCUGUCUAAUAUUUGCGGACUUGGAAGAUGCUUAUGGUGAACCAAAUGGCAAACAAGGGUCUGGUGUAUUUGUCAAUCCUUACAUCAGGGUAGCAUAUACCUGGAACACAUGGCACUGGCUUGGCUUUUUUCAGAGAUUUGAACGGAUAUUUCACAAUUUACAGUGGAUUGUCAGUAAAAUUGGCUAUCCAGAAUAUAAUCCCCGCCGGUUAGACAGACCAGGUCAGCUUGUGAAGCAGAAGGUAUGGAAGAACCAUGAAAUAGGACAUGGGGGGUCAUUUCAGACGGUUGAAAGGACAGCUUCGCCGGGAGGAUUCUGCGGACAGAGACGCAUGUUUCUUAUGAAGCGUGAUCUAGAACUGGCUAAUACGCGAGGAGAAAAGAAUUGGGAGAAAUUAGCUGUGCCAUGGUGGUAA